ACACAAAACGCCCCUUUGGAUGUAAUUUAAAAUCUGAAAUUUUUCAGAUUGUUUUUUGUUAUUGUUAUUGUUACUGUUUUUGUUAAUGUCAUUAUUAUCGCUGCUUGACAUUUCGUUGAUAUUCUGAAGUUUCUUAAAAGAAUUUUUACUAUCCCUGUGUGAGAAACCAUUAUAUUAUAUUACUAGUGAUGUUAAUCCUUUUCAUCAUUGGUAGACAAGCAGACAACCAAGUGAAUGUGUGGGUCUAAACUUUUCAAGGAGAAUUUUCAAUAUGCUGACCAGAAUCCGUGCUGAAUGUCUGAAGCGAAUUCAAGGCUUAAAUAGUGCAAAUACCUCCCACAAGGCACCAAAUGAGAAAUGAUCAACCUUUCGACAUAUCUUUCAGUGGGUUUUUUUCAGUAUCCAAGAAAAUUUUCCUACUCCUAUUUUUGCUUUCCAAACCCGAACAUAUAGCAGCAUGUCAGGUUUUUAAAGACACAUGUUUGGUUUGGUUUAUUAGAUUACGGCAAAGCACUCGAGGGCUAUCUGCCUUAAGGAAGGGAUGCCUUCGUGGAGGACUUUUUAAGGGAAACUGGCUCGUAUACACGGCUAGACACCAAAAUCUCAUAUUUAAGUUCAAAGCUAUAAUUUUUAUCACCUGCACUAUGCGGUUAUCGCCAAAACCACCGAUAGCUCGACACCCCUGGCAGUUUUACAACAUGGUAGCGUCUCCUUAUAUACAUGAUAAUUAAUGUUGAAAUUAACGUUAUUUAAAAUAAUGUGAACUAAUUAAUAAUCCCACGCAAAUCUGUGUGAUUCUACAAGUAGCAUUGAGCUAGAAUGAAGAGCAAAACUUAUGAGAAUUUUGUUUCUGCUGAGCGGAUUAUAACGAUACUUCAGGUGAAGCCUAUUGGUCAUCUAAAAUUCAAAACAGGAUUAAAAUUUGCUUGACUUCAUGAUUCACUGAAAAUGGCUCUGAGGUUUCUGACGGUAACAGAUAAAACCACUGCGUACGACGGCGAAGAAUUAUUCAGGAAUGUGACCGGAGUACAAGAUGAUGAAAUAAAACGAGUGCACACGCCCACUGAAAGCAGCCGAAGAGAAGAUUUAAGGCGGAAAGGAGCAAGAAUUCGAGAACUGUGUGAUGAAUUUGAAAGAAGUCCACAAGGGCAAGAAAUUAAAAAAAUAGUUGAUGAGAUUGACCCAGAAGAAACAACUGAAGAAGACUUGCAAGACGUAAUCGGUGAAAUCUUUGGAGGAGAAGGUGGUGGUGGUCAAUCAUGGUUUAGGAUAGCAGGAUUUUUCAGUUUCUGCAAGAAUUUAUUCAUCAGAGGAUGCAAAGUCAUCAUAGAUGUUUGUAAAGCUGUUUGCAAAACGAUAUAUAGAAUCAUUACAAACAUCGUGAGUAAGGUCUUCAACUGGAUAAAAUCCUUUUUUGGAUGGUUAAUAUGAUGUUGAGUUGGAGUACUGAAAUUCCAGGUGGAGGUGUCGAAUGAAUACUCGAACUGCAGUCUCUUGCAACUGUGAAUUUUCUUUAAAUGUGUAAUAUUAUAAGUAUAUAAUAUUACAAAUAAAAUUUGCUAACAUGUUGGACAUUUACAAAUUUAUCUAAAUUGCAAAUAUUUUAAUGUCUUAUUAAUUUUGUGCUUGUUAACUAAAAAAAAAAAAAAAAAAAAAAAAUAUUGUAAUUUUUGUAUUAGAUAAUCAGUUCCAUUUAUUAUUCUGAUUUUGUUUGUUAAUUCUAAAUCUUACUUGCUAUCAGAUCGCCAUAAAACAUUCCGUAGCUUUUCGAUAGAUGCUUCUGUUUAUCCAUCUUUGCCUAAAAAUAUAUUUGCAUAGCUAACA